CGGCCUCCCGUUGGUUGGUUGCUAUGGCGACGGCGGGGACUUACCUGUUGUCCUGAGCGGCCAGGUUGUCCCUCCUUGAAGUGGCCCUCCUCGAAGGGGGCAACUGGAGGGCUCUGAGUUCGGAUCCUGCUGCCCUACUCUUCCCUCGAGAUGUGGGGGAAGGCUGUUGGACUCCCAGGAAAGAGGGGCUGACGACCCUCCUCAUUCCCCUCUUACAACAUUUAAAAAGGAGUACUAACCCAUAGUCUGCAUAGGGCUUUUUCAAAGGGGGUGGUGUGUGUGUGCAAUCCUUUUUUGGGGGGGACUUAAGUGCUUUCCCCCCCCACCCCACAUUGCUAGCCUAGAAAUUUUCUCUGCUUUUCCCAGUUUUAAGACGAGCCCUUCCACUGCCUUCCUUACCACCAGACCUUCCUAUUUGGGGAGGAUUGGGUGUGUGUGUGUGUUGGGGGGCAUCUUUUCAUUUCAAAAGGUUUUUGAAGAAACGUGCCAGCCAUGUGGAUGGCACCGAUUGGAUUUGGAUGGUGCAGCUGUUCCCACUAGCUUUCCGCAGCUGGGCAUGUUUGUGCUGUGUUGGGAAGGGGUGGCUCUCCAUAAAAGGAUCCAAAAGGUUAUUUUGGGGGGUACAGCAAUCGACUUCCUUUCACAGUGCUUGCCCUUGAUUGCAACCAUUGCAUAGUUUUUGGUGCACCGAGCCGGUGGGUGUUCUUGGUUUUUGGAUAUUCAUUGGUCCCCAAACGUGGUGGCAUUGGUAUUCUUCAGAAUCAUGUCAGACACAACCCUCAAGGCGUCUGAAGCCUCCGGACCUCGGGCUGUCGUUACAGAUCAAGCUGCUUCUGGUCCUGUUGUUGAAGGCCCCACCGAUUCCUCUUUUGGUGAGCACAAUCUUAGCUUCACCACCACAGACCUCAGCCUGGUGGAGAUGACAGAAAUAGAAUACACACAGCUUCAGCAUAUACUCUAUUCCCAUAUGGAGGCCCAAACAAAUGAAAACGAAGUGGAAAGUAGGUUAAACUUGAAUUGCUUCUCAACCAACAAUGCUGCAAAUCAGUCCCAUUACUUGUCGACAUCUACUAGCAGUCAAGGUGGCUUCUCAUCAAACAGCUCUGGAAACCAGUCUCUCUACCCCAUUAUCUGCCAGUCUGGCUUGACUUCUGACAGCAGUUUCACGGGGCCUAAUCAAUGUCUAGGACAUAUUGACUUUCAAGAGCUAAGGAUGAUGUUGCUUAGUGAGUCUAGCCUACCACCAGGCCAAGCUGAAAAAGCACCUAAUGGGAACUCCUCCAUAGAUAUCAACGGGCAAAAUUUAGUAAAAUUAAAAUAUAGUGAAACCUCGGGCGGCAUAAAUAAAGAAAAUGUAGUUGCAGAAACUUUAGCAGCAGUUCCUGAAUCCAGAACCAAAUCUGCAGUCCGUGUUCGGUUAGAAGACAGAUUCAACAGUCUCCAGACUGAAAUUCCCAGGUGCCAGGAAACUCAAGAAACUGGAGUAGCCCUUAACAAUUUAGUAACCCUCAUUCGCCAUCCUUCAGAAGCGAUGGGUGUUCCUCUCCACCAGCAGCAGAACAAAUGUACUGCUUUAGUGAAAAAUAGGACCGCAGCUACUGCCACCACCGCAUUGCAAUUCACAUGUCCAGUCUUCACGCCAAACACUGCUUCUCCUGCAACUGGAAACACCAAUGCUGCACAAGCGCAGAGCUCUGGAGCCAGUGUUGUAGAAACAGUCAAACAUCAAGAUCUUGCAUUGCCUCGAGCUUUUUCUGUAUGUUACCAGCAAGAAAUUGAAACUAGCAAACAAACAGUUGGUGCCAGAAAUAAAGCUGUACCUGAGCAUGUUUGGAUUAAAUUGGGAGGAGAGGCUUUAUGUAAGCAGUCGAUAAACAGAAGAAGCCGUAGCCGUAUCCAUCCUUUGGAUACCAACAUACAGCGCAGGCCUCUUGGUGACAUUCAGAAUGUAUGUGAGAAUCAAAAUGCAGCUCCAGCUCAGAGUUCAUGGCAAUCAGUCCAGCCAGCCCAAAAUACCCACAAUGGAAGCCAAGGCAGCGUCUCCCAACGCCGGGAGAGGCACAACCGGAUGGAAAGAGACAGAAGGCGCAGAAUCAGGAUUUGCUGUGAUGAAUUAAAUCUUCUAGUUCCAUUCUGCACUUCAGACACUGACAAGGCAACAACCUUGCAAUGGACAACAGCAUUUCUAAAAUAUAUUCAAGAGCGACAUGGAGAUUCUCUGAAAAAGGAAUUUGAAACUGUAUUCUGUGGUAAAACAGGCAGAAGGCUAAAAUUAACAAGAUCAGAUCCCAUAGCAACCUGUGCAGCCCAGGAGAUCACACAGAAUAGUACAUCUACGGACAUGAAAUAACACGAUCCUCAUAUUCAAGAGCUGGUGAAAAAUGAUCCAGGAUGUCUGAAGCUAAAUUCACCCACUGGACUUUUCUUAUAAUAUGGUUGACAAUAUUUAUAUAUAUAAACACUGACAAGUUUAUUCAAAACAAGGAAAAAAGAACAAAACCAACAAUGUUAAUUUAGUAGAGCUUUUCAUCUGAGGCAGGACAAAAAUAUUGUUCAAGACUACUAAAUGCUACUCUCCAUCCCAUUUCUAUUUUUGAUUUUGUUUUAUGAAAUAUAUAUAAUAAUUAAAAUGCUACAUGUGUAGCAACCUGUUCUUUCCCCUCUUAAGCGUGCUCAUAUUUAUAUAAAUUAAUAGAUGUGCCAUGAGAAACCAGUUUUGCUAUUGGAAGAAGAAAUGUAAGUAAUUUAUGAACUAUAUAAAAAUGGUAAUUGUAUAUAGUAACUCAGAUCUUUCCUUUUUCAAAGUUCAUACCCCGUAAAACUAAAAUCUAUAGAAAAAGCUGUUCACUAUGCGUUACAAACACACUACUAUUUUAAAUAUGUUUUGCACUUUCUCUAAGAACUUCUCAUUCAGGAUAAAGAAAAAGAUUAUAUUUUGCACAAACAUCCAUUUCAAUGGAUAGAAGAAAUGCAACUGUAAGUUCUGAUGAAAAUCUCAUCGACUUCUCUGGUGUUUUAUGUGACAAUUCUCAUUCUUUUAGUGCAAAAGUGAUAUUUUGUAAAAAUACAUGAAUUUUAAGUGCACAUAUUUUUUUUUCCUUUCAUUUUUUAAAAGGUAACUUAACUACUAGCUAUAUUUGUUAGGAAAGCUGAUGUAUUUAGCAUAUUUAAUUGACAGUGGCUUUAUCAGAACAGAUAAUGCUAAUAGGUAUUCUUAUACAGAACUUAUCACAAAAUAAAUACUGUUUAAAUCACGGA